AUGCGCGACGUGGGCGUUUUGGCGGAGCAGGGCGCGACCGGUAAUUUCCUCCUUUGGGAGGAAACAUUCGGUAUCCGGGAGCCUGCCUUUCACGCCCUCUUCAAGGACAAAAAAAUCACCACCGGCCUGGGCACGGCUGACAUUAUGUCGCGACACGGUCUCGACCAGCCGGAAUAUUUCAAAAUUCCUCGCUUCGGGCCCCUCGCCGUUCUGAGCUCCGCGAGCGGUGGGCCUUCCAGCACGGGCGGCUUAGACGCCGUGUCUCUCUUUUCGCGCUUGCCCGAGGCUUCCUCCAAGGACGAGGCCAUAACCAUUAUCACCGGGGCCCUAGUGGAAAAGGUGGCCGCCAUUCUGCAAAUGCCGGCAUCCGAGGUCGACUCGUCUCGUCCCAUAUACCGCUACGGGGUUAACUCGUUGGUGGCGCUUAAAAUUAGGAACUGGAUUAUAACGGAGAUAAAGGCCACAGUCGCACUUUUGGAGGUUUUGGCCGCAGUGCCUAUGGAGGUUUUUUCUGCCAGGAUUGCCGAAAAGAGCAAGCUGGUCUCAUUUAAUUAA